CGUUUGGUUCUGAUGGAGUCUAUUUUUGAGCAAAAUUGAAGUGGGUAUUUGCAGUUUCUCAGUUUUCUUUCGGGUAUUUUGAUAUGGGUGUUGUCUAUUUCAUGUGGUCCUUCCUCAUUUUUUCUCUCUGUCACGCUCGCAAACAAGCUCGCCACGCACACAUCGUAUGGAGUAAAAUUUAGAGAACUCGGUGGGUGCCUAUUGACGGUUUGUUAGAAUAUCGUGUUUCAAGUAAUUAUCGUCAUAAUUAAUCUUCAAAUAAAAUUCAAAUGCAUUCUGUAUUCGAUUUAGAGUUUGCUUUUCUAUUCAAAAUACCAUUUUUUUUUCCGGAUUGGUUUAAAAAGGUUAAGUUUGUUAAUUUUAUGGAGGUUGUAUUGGACAGGGGAGUGAAUCGCAAGCAAAGCUGAUAUUUACCAGACAACUCUAUCCAACCUUUUUUGGUUGAACACUAUAGAUUCAUCUCUUUGCUCCUUUUGUUUUGCUUACAAUGUUUGGAAGUUGUGAAUUUCCCAUACUAACCAACCACUUGCGAGACACGCCUGUGUUUGUAGUUUUGGAUGAUAUGAAGGUUCCUAGAUUUUAUUUUUUUCGGUUUUCGUUAAGAUUUAAGCACAGAGAUUCGGAUUUAGUUAGCACUGAUAUUGUUGUUGUGGUGUCGUUUCUGAAUGUGGAACUUAUGGUUGGUGGUUUCUUUGAAUUGUAGAUGAAGACUUUGUGACAGGCUGCUGAGUUGCUGCUUUGCUGGGACUCAAAAUGGACCGGCGGAGCUGGCUAUGGCGAAGAAAGUCUUCAGAGAGGAGUCCCGGAGAGAUUGAGAGCUCAGGAUCGAUAUCUUCUCAUUCUGAAAGAUUCUCUGAUGAGCAGGCAUAUCCAGCCCAAAGUACUCAAUCACCUGAAGUCACUUGUAAAGCUGCAAGCAAUGAUGAAGAAGUUAAUGAUAGCCUGAAGACCUUAACGGAAAAAUUAUCUGCUGCUCUUCUAAACAUUAGUGCCAAAGAAGACUUGGUAAAGCAGCAUGCCAAAGUUGCAGAAGAAGCUGUCUCAGGCUGGGAGAAGUCUGAAAAUGAAGUGCUGGCUUUAAAGCAGCAACUCGAGGCUGCCAAGAAGAAGAACUUAGGACUUGAAGAUCGUGCAUAUCACCUUGAUGGAGCACUGAAGGAAUGUGUGAGGCAGCUUAGACAGGUCAGAGAAGAACAAGAGCUGAAUAUCACUGAAGUUGUUGCAAAGAAAACUCGUGAAUGGGAAUCUACAAAGUCUGAGCUUGAGAGACAGCUUGUUGAACUUCAGGUACAACUUCAGGCUGCUAAAUCUGCAACUACUGCAUCAGAAAAUCCUGAUUUUCAGCUAAAGCUUGAGGCUGCAGAAAAAGAGAAUUCUGCCCUCAAACUUGAGCUCCUUUCUCGAUUGGAGGAGAUAGAAAUCAGGAUUAUGGAGAGAGACUUGAGCACGCAAGCUGCUGAAACAGCCAGCAAACAACAUUUAGAGAGCAUUAAGAAGGCGGCUAAACUUGAAGCUGAGUGCCGCAGGCUAAAAGCCAUGGCUCGUAGAGCUUUUCCUGGUAAUGAUCACAAGUCCCUCACUGCCUCUGUUUGUGUAGAAUCUUUCGCAGAUAGCCAGUCAGACUGUGGGGAAAGGCUACUGGCAGUUGAAGUUGAUAUGCGCAAAAUUAGUGGCUUGGAGCCUAACGAAUGUGAACCAAGCUGUUCUGACUCAUGGGCAUCCACUCUAAUCUCAGAACCUAAUCCAUUUAAGAACGAGAAAGUCGUCAGAAGAAACCUUAUGGUCCCUUCAGUAGAAAUCAAUCUCAUGGAUGAUUUCCUUGAAAUGGAAAGGCUUGUAGCAAUGCCGGAUACAGAAAGCGGAAGCUGUUGCCUUGAGACAGGGCCUGCUUUGGAUCAAGCCAAUGCUGGUGAAAUCCAUAUAAAAGCUGACCUUGAGGCCAUGAUUCACAGGACUGCGGAACUGGAGGAAAAGUUGGAGAAGUUAGAGGCGGAAAAAGAGGAAUUCAAGAUGGCUUUAACUGAAUCCCAAAAGCAGUUUGAGACAUCACAGAGUCUGCUAGAGGAAGCAGAGGUGAAAUUGGUAGAGCUGCAGACUCAGUUAGCUCUUCUAGACAAAUUAAAGCAGGCUGCAGAUCAAGAAGUAAAGGCCAGCCAAACAAAGCAGGAAACGGCAGAGUCGCAAUUCAGAAUUAUUGAAGCUGAGGUCAAAACCUUGCUUUUUAAAGUUGGUUCAUUAGAGGAGGAGGUCGAGAAGGAGCGUGCUUUGUCUGUUGAAAAUGUGGCCAAGUAUCAGAAAUUGGAGGAUGAAUUUUUAAGAACAAAAAGAGAAGCCGAGAUCCACCGUGAAGCAGAGCUACGGCGAGUGGCAAGCAAUAACGAUGAAGUGAUGAUAAAACAGGAGGAGCUUGCAGUGGCAGCAAGUAGAUUUGCUGAGUGCCAGAAAACAAUUGCAUCGCUAGGCCAGCAGUUGAAGUCUCUUGCGACACUGGAAGACUUCCUGACUGACUCUGAGAAGCCACUGGACUCAUUGGUGAGGGAACUCAGGGUCCCAAAAAUGGUAGGGAACCAUUGAAAUUGCAAUUCAGUGAAAGGGGUGACGGUACAAGACUUUCAAAGAGUGGUAGUGAAAGGGAGUCAUCAUUAUCACUGAACCCAACCAUUGCUUUCGAAAAGACCCGAAAUGAGUUUGGGAAGUUUUUCCCUAGAAGAGAGAGUGUGAGUCGGGAUGAAAAUCAGUGAGAAAGAUAUAGGAAAUUGUAAUAAAACUAAUUACAGGCUUCAAUUUUUCAUCGUAAAGCUGCCUUUAUUUGUUCUUAUUACCAACACCCUAGCAAAAUGCUUGGGAAUCAACUGAUUUAUCCACUCGGAUGGUGCAUCUUGGGGAACAUAGAUUUUUGAAGGAGAUAUAAUAAUACAUAAGUUCAUUGCUUCGACUGCCUUUCUGCUCUCGGUUUCAGUUAGUCAGAUCAUAGACUAGCAUGGAUGUGAAUAAUGGCUGGUGUCCUGCAUGAUAGAUUCUGGUGGCAGACCGAGUUACCUGUGUCAUGCAUGAACCUUUUCUGUCCAAAUUUAUGUAUAUAUGGUGAAUGAUCUCGGUUCAAAUCCUGCCAUUUGCAACCCAGGAAAAAAAGAAUAGGAAAUUGAAAA